AUGUGCAAACAGCAGACUGCCUUGAAUCGUCUGAAGGCGGUGUGUUUGCGUCUUGCGGUAGGGCCCUGUGUAGCGGAGGCCUGCAUUGAUGCUGUGGUUUCUCACUUCCUGUUGGGUCUACCCUGGUUCUGGGCCUUUUUACUGGGCUUCGUCCUGGCUGCAGUGUCUCCAGCGGUGGUCGGUCCUGCGAUGUUGCUCCUGCAGCGAGAGGGAUAUGGAGUGGGGAAGGGAAUCCCCACCUUGCUGWUGGCCGCUGGGAGUUUUGAUGAUAUUCUGUCCAUUACAGGGUUCUCCACAUUCCUGGGAAUCGCUUUCUCUACAGGUUCUACGUGGAUGAACAUCCUGAAAGGUSUCCUGGAGGUGGUGGGAGGGAUCAUCGCUGGGCUGAUUCUGGGUCUGUUCUUGUGCUUCUUCCCAAGCAAAGACCAGGAGGACCUUGUGUUGAGAAGGACUCUCAUGUUGUUGGGUCUGUCCAUAUUUUCGGUCUUCUUCAGUCACGUUAUUGGUUUUKCCGGAGCCGGURGUCUCUGUACUSUGGUGCUGGCCUUCCUGGCUGCUCUGGGCUGGAAAACUGACAAAGCCCCGGUGGCAGCCAUGGUUGGUCGGUCAUGGGAUGUUUUCCAGCCUCUCCUGUUUGGUCUGAUUGGAGCAGAGAUCUCCAUARCAACCCUCAGCCCCAGCACCGUUG